UGUGUUCUCUUUUGACAGGCAGGAGUGAAGUAAAAUAAUUUGGCUAAUUUGACUUAAUUUAUUAGUACUCUUUGUUUAUACAUACUCUCGCUGGCUUAUUGAGGAGCAUAAUUCUGUAAAAUUCAUAAAUUGAGUACCCUAUGUCCUUCGUAAGUAGUAGGGAGUUCGUUAGAGUGAAAAAUUAUGGAAGUAAAAUAAUAAUUUAACACAUACAUUUCUCUGCUCAAUUAAAUUUAAAUUAGUUCAAGCACAUUAAAUAAUUUUAAAAACCGGACGGAACACGGAUCAACUAGAAUUAUAAAUCGGAAGUAGUGACAGGGAUAAGAGGAAAUGGAGCCUCAAACAACCACUAAUCUUGCCCUGAGCAAUCCCAUUAUUUUGACGACAAUUUUAAAACAGAGGUCAACCCCGUUAACUAAUUGUCGACUUGUCUCCCACUUUUGGAACGAUAUCGUCCUCUCCCUUCCAAAUACCCGGUUCGGACUGAAACUUGACCACAAGAACCAGCCAGAUUCGGACCACGACCACGACCCGAUCCCGUUUUUCGACAUGUGCUUCACCCUCGACCCGCGCCUCGCGAAACGGAUCAACGCCACGUGUCGGACCGAUGUGUCGCACUCGCUGACCUCGAUCUACUCCUUUUCCGCAAAAUUGCUCCAUUUAAGUGAUAAAUUUAGCGACAAAAUUCAAAUUUUGGACGUUUGCAUAGAAUACGAAAACUGUUUAGAUUCAGUUUAUCGCGCGUUGAAAAACUGGUGUCCGAAUUUGAAAGAGAUAAGGAUCACGUGUCCGUUAGAAGUGAAUAUAAAUGUGAAUCUGGUUCCGGUCGGGGGGCCAGUUUUAUAUGAGGAAUUGGACAAAAAGUCGAAUUUGACAGUGUUUUCGGUGAGUUCGAAAAAGGUGGAGAUUCCCCGAUUAGCCAGUUUUAUUCGGUUGGUGGUCAACGCCUCACCGAACUUGAAGGAGAUCAAGAUUCCACUCGGAUUCUGUCCGGAUUUCGGAAAUUCGAAGUGUCUCGAAUCCUUAAGGAUCUCACUGGACGGCGCGCAACCGAUUGACCUCGCUCGCGCAAUCUUGGACCAUUCCGAACUUUCGAGAAUGUUGGAACACGUCAAGGACCAACUCGUCACGCUCGCUUUUGGGUACGUCGAGGACGGCAUGAAAUGCAUGCAGGGUGACUACAAAGAGCUGAAAAGAGUCGGAUUCAAAUUGGGAAGAAAGUUCCCGAAAUUACGAAAUUUACACAUCGAUAUUGUCGACGUUUUCGAAAUGACCGAUUUCAUCCAAAGCCUGGAAGGAAUGCAGGCUCUCGAACGGCUCGAGAUUGGAAAAACGUUUCGACAUUCGACCUGUGUGGAUAAACUUUUGCACGGGAUUUGCGAAUCGGGCAAGAUUUUCGCAAGUGUGACAAAUUUGCGAGUGAAGGCGAUGGACGACGUGCUAUUUUACGAGGGGCGCUUGAAAACAGGGUUUCCGAACGUGGCGCGGUUGCAGGUGGACAUGCUGGGCACGGAGGGCAUGCGAUUGGCCAGUCUGUUCAGGGCAUUAUGCGGUUGGAGGGCCUUGAAACAUUUGAAUUUGACGGUGCCCAUUUAUCACGUGUGCCAUGGGCUUUUUUUCCGGGUUUUGUUACUUUGCAAGGAAUUGUAUCAACAGCUGAAAAGUCUGGAAUUGAACGCAUACCAUAAAAUUCAAAUGACCACGUACUUGACCGAGGGGGAAAUGGAGUUGUUUGAGCAAGUCCUGAUCGCAAUGGAUGAAUUGGACGAUGUCAAAAUUUCCAAUCUUUCCCCUCGUACCGGAUUAUGCAAAUAUUUUGUCAUGCUAAAGUUCCUUAUUUCAAACGACAAAAAGUAGGUAUAUUCAUUUAGCAAUUUUUUAAACUUAGCAAGUUUAAAUGAUAAAAAUUAAUUAUAAAAAACUCUGCAAUACGUGUUGGGUAUUUGUGAAUAUACUAUGCCCCAAUCUUCACCGGGACUUCAAGGAGCUGUAUUUUGUCGCUGAUAGAGUAAAUUAUCUAAAUAUGUAAUGUUACAUAAUAUUAAUAUAUAUCAAUUACUACAUGAAUGAAAAAUUGCAAUUAAUUAAUGAGCUAUCUAUUAACGAAUGAUUUACAUAUGUACAUCUUUUUGUACUUGCAGUAUAGCGAGGAAUUUGACAAAAAAAUUCAUGCCUUAAUUGUCUCAAAAAAUUUGUCCCUGGAGAAGUUUAAGAUUAGAAACAAAUCGAGGAGAAAUAGCGACACGGAUUAAUACAGAAAUUUCAGAUAAACAAUUCAUUCAAAGAGUAAAAUUUAAUGAACAAUUUUUGUAUUUACAUAGUUUGGAUUUACGAGUAUGAAAUGAUUAAGGACUAUAAUUUAGAGGAAGCACUCUAUUUUUUUAUUAAAUUUUGCAUAAAUUUUCAAAUUUUGCAAAAUUUUCCGUUAAUCUUCUCGAAAAAUGCUGUUAAGCUUUUCUUAAGCAACGACUUACGUACCUUUUGCAUAGCAUACAAUUUGCAUAUGUAGUAGCUGUAAACUGGUGGAUAAAUUCAUAAGAAGGGGGGACAAAUAUGCAAAAACAAAAAUAACAAAACCCAUAGGAUAAAUAUGCAUACGACAUUUGUGCAAAGAUAAAUACGAAACCAACCUUUGUGCAAGCGAAAUUUACGCAAAGAUAAAUAUGCAACAGGCAUUUAUACAUAAAUAGGUUUACACAAUCUGUCAUGUCGCAGGAAGAGUGACGAAUUAACUUAAUUGUAUGAAUUGAAUGCGAGGUUUGUAAAUAUUUUACAUAUGCGACUCGUACAUACAUAUCUACGCUAGGGCAUGCAAUACCGGUAUUCGAGUACCGGUAUUACCGAAUACCGAAUACCGGUUUUGGAAAACAACCCCGGUACUAAUCUACGCCCAUGCGAAGACGUAAAUAAAUCAUUUAAAAUCGCUCCAAAGCGCCCUUAAUUGGGGGAUGAUUAUAUACCAUGUAGCAAGGAACUGCCCCUCCUUCUCUCUUUUACAUCAGUUGAUCGUUCUAUUUUUCAAAUGAUCAUUAAAAUUUACUUCAUAGAUAUCUAUGUAUGUACAUGUUUGUUACUGAAUAAGUAUUUGUUCACUUCAUACUCAUGAAGAAUAAAUGAAGAAUUUUUCAUUAUUAUUUUGCACGCUAUGCGUACUAAGCACACCCGAUAUACAUAUUGAGAAAUCCAUGUACUUAAUUAGGCGGAUUUGAGAGAAAGUUAGUACAAAAUGAAAAAUAAAUAUUUAUUUUCAAAAUUAUGAAUAAUGAAUGAAUAAUUUUCUCAACUUCUACAUCGCAUGAAUUUUAAAUGAAGAAAUAUGUUCUGAACAGGUACUACGAGCCGUGUGAAAUGUUAUGCAACCAAAUUUAACGACCAACUUCAUGUUUUCUUUUUGCGAAUAUGAAAUUGAAUAAAUGCAUGAAUUACGUAACAUUACAUAUGUGUUUAGAAGUUAUGUACGUAUGCGAAAAUAACGCGGUAAGAAGUGUCGAAGAAGAAUAUUUACGAAAAUAACGAUUACCUAAUCGUUUCGAUAAUUGUUUUUAUUUUGGGUUUAUUGUGCAACCGAAUUCUAGAGAAAAUCGGGGUUUUGCAUGGAUGUAUAUAUAAGAAAGGAUGGAGCGACUAGAGCUCUUUGUUAACAGAGUAUGGAGGAUUAUUUCUUCCCCACCCCGCUUGGGGCGCCUGUGUCCUAUGGAAACUGACAUAGCGAACUUGCACGCCCCUGUCGGCGUGGGGAUGCUUUUCAUCCUGCAUAAAAUUGUGUCUCAGAUUCUGUGGUAGUUAUUAUAUUUUGAGGUAGGGGGCUCAGCCACACAAACUUCGAUCGGUCUCCUAUUCCAAUAACAUAAGCUCCAUCCCAUUGGGGUUUUGAUUAAUAAUGGGGUGUUGAAGUAUGUAUGUAAGUUAACAUUCAGACGAAUAUCACCAAUCAAGAGGCAGAUAUUUAUUAGUUCAACCUGUAAAUAUAUCAAUUAAGCAUAAAUUUUGAAAACAUGCAUAAAAAGUAACCAACAAUGUAAAAUUUAAAAUAAAUUAAGCCGAAUUUGCGAGAAAUUAACUCAUUUUUCGCAAAUUUAUUUCAAACGUCAUUUAGUUUUUGGGGUGACAUUUUCAUGGAAAUUUCAUUCCGCGCAAGUUCCUCACCUGUAAACUUUACUUACAUAAGCGUGCACUCUGAAUAAUUUUUUGAUGAUAUUGUUUUGUUACCGGCGGAGGUACUAUGCAACUCUACUGCUCGGGUAAUAAUUUAUCACCGAAGGGUAACAUAUAUACAGAGGCUAAAUCCUGCUCCGCCCUCAAUGUCAACGCUCAGGUAAUAAAAAUAUUACCGAUACAGAAGGCAAUUUCAGAAGAUAAUUUGUUACUAUAAUGUUACCACGAGGUAGAAUUGCAUAGUAUCUCCGCCGGUAACAAUAUUGUCAAAAAAUUAUUGAGUGUGAAUUAUCUCCACAAGCUUUAAUAACACGGUUAGAAGAUCAGCGAAAAAUCCGACCAAAAUUUUUUACCAUAUUUUGAAAACAAAUUUUCAAUUUCGAUCGAAAUGACGACCUAUCCGGGGUCCGGAUAUCUGAAAUAUUUGCGACAUCACCUCCGCAUUUUACACUUUUUGAAGUGCUUUCGCCUCGAAUUAAGCCCCGAUCAGGGGGAGGAUCGUAUAAUCGUGAGUCGGAGUAAAUUGAAGAAAUAUGUCACCUGGUUUUCAACCUUGUUUGACCUUGUGUAUCUCUCCUGCGCCAUGACCGUGGUCCGAAACGAUUGGAAGAACGGGUGCCUCGGGAAAACGGCAGAGGGCGCGAUGAUCGUUAUUAUCAUUGUGUUACUGACCAUUUGGAGUUUUGGGGUAAAUCCGGACACCAAAGCGAUGUCCGUGAUUAAUUCAGAUCUCCAGUUUUCAAAGAAAUUCCAAGGUAAUGAUUUACUUAAACGGAAAUCUUGUUUUUCUUAAGGUUGCAUGGGAUGAAGAUUGGAUUUGGAAUAGAUUUUUAGUCUCACUCUACCCCUAUUCAAGAACUUUGAACGCAAAUUUCUAAAAUAGUAUCAAUUUCGUGGGUUUUGAAAUAAUUUAAACUUGAAAUCUCACGAUACCCCAAGAGUCUCAAUUCACCCCAAAAUUUUUCCCUAAGUCUUAGAAUUCUCUGCAACGUCCAAAAAUGCAAUAAAA